AGCAAUGUGGCUGAUAUGAGUGGUGAUUUGUGUUUGUUUUAUGGGGAUGAUGAGUUUUGUCGAAAGAAGGAAGUGGAGUUGGCGAAGAGGAUGGUGCAGAGAGAUGGGAGUAGGAUGAGCCUUGCUCGGACCAGGAGGUUGGCGCAGCGCAAUGCGGAUAAUGCUCAGUGGGAGGACAGGCAGCUUCUGCGAUCUGGUGCGGUUAGAGAUACUGAGGUGCAGAAUGAGUUUGAUGAUGAAGAUGAGAGCAAAGUUAUGCUUCUUGUUCAUGAUACAAAGCCUCCUUUCUUGGAUGGUAGAGUUGUUUUUACCAAGCAAGCGGAGCCGGUUGUGCCAGUUAAGGAUCCCGCAUCGGAUAUGGCCGUGAUUGCACGCAAGGGGUCUGCUCUAGUUAGGGAAAUCCAUCAGAAGCAGAGUUUGAAUAAAUCACGUCAGCGAUUUUGGGAGCUUGCAGGUUCCAAACUUGGUGAUAUUCUUGGUGUUGAGGAAACAGCAGAGCAUAUUGAUGCGGAUACUGCUGUAGUUGGUAAAGAUGGUGAAGUUGAUUUUAAAGAAGAUGCAAAGUUUGCUCAGCACAUGAAGAAUGGGGAGGCUGUUAGUGAAUUCACAAAGUCAAAAACCAUCUCAGAACAACGCCAGUAUCUACCUAUAUAUUCUGUGCGGGAUGAGUUACUGCAGCGAAUUCGAGAAAAUCAGGUUAUUGUAGUUGUUGGAGAAACUGGUUCUGGAAAGACAACUCAACUGACACAGUAUCUGCAUGAAGAUGGCUACACUGUAAAUGGUAUAGUGGGUUGCACCCAACCAAGGCGUGUGGCAGCCAUGAGUGUUGCAAAAAGAGUUAGUGAAGAGAUGGAGACUGAGCUUGGUGAUAAAGUUGGCUAUGCAAUUCGUUUUGAGGACGUGACAGGGCCAAAUACUGUGAUAAAAUACAUGACUGAUGGAGUACUUAUGCGUGAAACACUAAGAGAUUCUGACCUUGAUAAGUACUGUGUAGUUGUAAUGGAUGAAGCCCAUGAAAGGUCACUAUAUACAGAUGUGUUGUUUGGGAUUUUGAAAAAAGUCGUUGCCCAGCGUCGUGAUUUUAAGCUUAUCGUGACAUCUGCUACUUUAAAUGCUCAGAAAUUCUCAGAUUUCUUUGGAGGUGCACCGAUUUUUUCCAUUCCUGGAAGAACAUUUCCUGUAAAUAAAAAAUACAUAGGCCCAUGUGAAGAUUAUGUUGAAGCUGCAGUGACACAGGCCAUGAAGAUUCACAUUGCCAGCCCUCCAGGUGAUAUCCUCAUCUUUAUGACUGGGCAAGAGGAGAUUGAAGCAGCCUGUUAUUCUCUUGCGCAGCGAACGGAACAACUUAUCUCCUCCUCGAAGAAAGGUAUGUCUAAACUCUUGAUACUCCCUAUGUACUCACAGCUGCCAGCUGACUUGCAAGCAAAGAUAUUCCAAAAGUCUGAAGAUGGGGCUCGUAAGUGCAUUAUAGCAACAAAUAUUGCUGAGACAUCUUUGACUGUAGAUGGUAUCUUUUAUGUCAUUGACACCGGCUAUGGUAAAAUGAAAGUAUUCAACCCUAGGAUGGGUAUGGAUACCCUUCAAGUAUUUCCUAAUAGUCGUGCUGCUGCUGACCAACGUGCUGGGCGUGCUGGUAGAACUGGGCCUGGAACAUGUUAUCGGCUGUACACUGAGAAUGCCUACCUGAAUGAGAUGCUGGCCCGUCCUGUACCAGAGAUUCAGCGGACGAACCUUGGCUAUGUGGUCUUGUUGCUCAAGUCUCUCAAGGUUGAUAACUUGCUUGAUUUUGAUUUCAUGGACCCACCUCCCCAGGAAAAUAUUCUUAAUUCAAUGUACCACCUGUGGAUCUUGGGAGCACUCGACAAUGUGGGAGGUUUGACUGCCUCCGGCUGGAAAAUGGUGGAGUUCCCAUUGGACCCUCCACUUGCUAAGAUGUUAUUGAUGGGUGAAAAGCUAGGAUGUGUUGAUGAAAUUUUGACUAUUGUCUCCAUGCUUUCAGUGCCGUCAGUAUUCUUUAGUCCCAAAGAUAGGGCAGAGGAGAGCGAUGCUGCUCGGGAGAAAUUUUCAGUCCCUGAGUCUGACCACCUGACAUUGUAUAAUGUUUAUCAACAGUGGAAACAACAUCAGUAUCGGGGGGACUGGUGCAGUGACCAUUUUUUGCAUGUUAAAGGGUUACAAAAAGCUAGACAGGUUAGGUCCCAGCUGCUAGAGAUUCUGAAGAAGUUGAAAAUUCCGCUCACAUCUUGUUGGCCAGAUACUGACAUUGUGAGGAAAGCUAUUUGCUCAGCAUACUUUCAAAAUGCAGCAAAGUUUAAGGGUGUGGGUGAGUAUGUUAAUUGCCGGACUGGGAUACCAUGCCAUUUACACCCAAGCAGUGCCCUUUAUGGCAUGGGCUGUACCCCGGAGUAUGUGGUUUAUCAUGAACUGAUUUUGACAGCAAAGGAGUAUAUGCCGUGUGUCACAGCAGUGGAUCCACAAUGGUUGGCUGAUUGGGGACCCAUGUUCUUUUCUGUAAAGGAGUCGGAUACAUCAGUAUUGCAGAGUAAGAAGAGACAGCUGGAAGAAAAAACAGCUAUGGAGGAGGAAAUGGAGAAUCUGAGAAAGGCUCAAGCACGGGCAGAUGCAGAAAGCAAGCGGAUGGAGAGGGAAAAGAGGUCUAAACAGCAGCAGCAAGUCUCGUUGGUGGGUUUGCACCAGGGCUCUUCUACAUAUUUCAGGCCAAAGAAACUUGGCUUGUAAAUGUAAUUAUAGGUUAUGCAGUUACUGGUUUAUGAUUCAGUCCUCAUUUCUGAAAGCACAGUUGCAACAUGUUGAAAAACAACAGUAUUUUUUUGCCACUGAAAUCUUCAAUUGCCUGCUUAUUUUUGGAGAUCACAUAUUGCACUUUGCAAAAUGGGUGAAUAAUGCAAAUACUAAUUUUGUA